GGGAACCCGACCGAUCCUUCCCUCUUUCCCCGUUUCUUCGAGGAGACCUCCGGAAUUUUUGCUCCGGUAGGCUUUUCCGACACGCUUCCUGGGAUUCUCAGGUAUAGGAAAUCGUAGCAUCCUGGUUUAACCGGGUCUUGUUUCGCUUCGGAUUGAGGAGCUAUGGUUGGGAGCGUCGAAGUUUCCCCAGUUGAAGCGAACGAUCGGGCGAAGGCUACCGUCGAUGACGUCGAGCCGUUGCCGGUGGAGUUUUACCCGUUGGAGACCUCAGAUCCAGCCGAUUUAGGGACGACAAAUGGUGUGGGAAGCGUGGGUGGGAAGGCGGAAGGGCCGCGUGCUGGAGAUGGUCGGAAGAGGGAGAUCGUCUUGGGGAGGAACGUCCAUACGAUGAGUCUGGAAGUGACGGAGCCCGAAGCAGACGAUGAGGUCACGGGAGAUCGGGAGGCCUAUAUGGCGGGGGUCUUGGCUAGAUAUAGAAAAUCUCUCAUUGAGAGGACGAGGAAUCAUCUCGGCUAUCCAUAUAAUCUCGAUUUCGAUUAUGGGGCGCUGGGACAGCUGCAGCAUUUCUCUAUUAACAAUCUUGGAGAUCCUUUCAUAGAGAGCAACUAUGGUGUCCAUUCAAGACAAUUUGAAGUUGGAGUUUUGGACUGGUUUGCACGUCUUUGGGAACUGGAAAAGAAUGAAUACUGGGGGUACAUAACGAAUUGUGGUACUGAAGGAAACCUUCAUGGCAUUCUUGUUGGGAGGGAAGUGUUCCCUGAUGGAAUUUUGUAUGCCUCGAGAGAAUCCCAUUACUCCGUCUUCAAGGCAGCAAGAAUGUACAGAAUGGGUUGCAUAAAAGUCAACACUCUAACCUCUGGCGAGAUUGACUGUGCAGACUUCCGAACGAAGCUCCUCCAGAACAAGGACAAGCCAGCCAUCAUCAACGUAAACAUUGGAACCACGGUUAAGGGAGCUGUUGAUGAUCUUGAUCUGGUUAUAAAAACACUCGAAGAAACUGGUUUUGGUCGCGAUCGAUUCUACAUCCAUUGCGAUGGUGCAUUGUUUGGACUCAUGAUGCCCUUCGUGAAGCGAGCACCGAAGGUUUCCUUCAAAAAGCCAAUUGGAAGUGUGAGCGUUUCUGGGCACAAGUUUGUUGGUUGCCCAAUGCCUUGUGGUGUUCAGAUAACAAGACUCGAGCACAUCAAUACGCUAUCAAGGAACGUUGAGUAUCUGGCUUCAAGGGAUGCUACCAUCAUGGGCAGCCGAAAUGGUCAUGCUCCAAUCUUCCUGUGGUACACACUCAACCGCAAAGGCUACAAAGGGUUCCAAAAGGAGGUGCAGAAGUGCCUCAGGAACGCGCAUUACCUUAAAGACCGUUUGCACGCGGCUGGCAUCGGCGCCAUGCUUAAUGAACUGAGCAGCACCGUGGUGUUUGAGCGCCCGCAUGAUGAAGAGUUCAUUCGCAAGUGGCAGCUAGCGUGCCAAGGGAAUAUAGCUCAUGUUGUUGUCAUGCCUAAUAUCGAUAUAGAGAAGCUUGAUAACUUCACGAACGAGCUAAUCGAGAAACGGGAGAUCUGGUUCCAGGAUGGAAAGGCACAAGCUCCAUGCAUUGCAGAAGAGAUUGGCGAGGAGAGCUGUAUGUGUACUCGUCACAAGUGAUCUGGUUCUCCUCUCGGCCAGAUGGGAGAGUAGGUUGCAGCUUUUUUUUGUCUUCUGAAAGCAAUGUCCGUAUAUCAGUAUUGUUUUGAUUUUCCUUCAUGUUUCCAGUUGCAAAAUAUGAUUUAGCAUUUGGUGCCUGAUUUGUUCUCAACGCUUCUAUGAAGCGAUGCGUCUAAAUAGUAUCUUCUUAGUUUUUGGCCA